GCGGCGGCAGCGGCCGGGAGCGGGAGCGGAGACCGGGAGCGGGACUGGGACGUGCCUCGGGUCGGCAGCGCAGGAUGGGUUGCGUGAAGUCAAAGGAAACUGGUGCCCAAGAGAAGAUGAUAAAAACUGACCCUGACCCCAGCCUCCAGCAGGGCCACUACGUGAGGGACCCCACUGCCACCAACAGGAGGAGCAAUAAUGUCCCCAGCGCAGCUGUGCCCCCACCCGAGGAUGCAGGAUGCCCAGGGAGCUCCCUCGCUGCAGGCUCGGGGGACACGGUGGUGCUGGCGCUCUAUGACUACGAGGCGAUGCACGCCGGGGACCUGAGCUUCCAGAAAGGGGAGCGGCUGAAGGUGCUGGAGGAGUCAGGGGAGUGGUGGCGAGCGCAGUCGCUGGUGACAGGGCACGAAGGCUUUAUCCCCAGCAAUUACGUUGCCCGAGCUGGCUCACUGGAGACAGAGGAGUGGUUUUUCAAGGGCAUCAGCCGGAAGGAUGCGGAGCGGCAGCUCCUUGGUCCCGGGAAUGUGGUUGGAUCCUUCAUGAUACGGGACAGUGAGACAACCAAAGGCUGCUACUCGCUGUCAGUGCGGGACGGGGACAGCGCCGUGAAGCAUUACAAGAUCCGGACGCUGGACAGUGGCGGCUUCUACGUCUCCCCACGCAGCAGCUUCAAUACACUGCAGGAGCUGGUCCAGUACUACAAGGGGCAGAGUGAUGGGCUGUGCCAGAAGCUCACCUACCCCUGCUGCGUGCCCAAACCCCAGAAGCCCUGGGAGAAAGAUGCCUGGGAGAUCCCUCGGGAGUCGCUGAGGCUGGAGCGGAAGCUGGGAGCCGGGCAGUUCGGAGAAGUGUGGAUGGCUACCUACAACAAGCACACCAAGGUGGCGGUGAAGACGAUGAAGCCGGGCAGCAUGUCCGUGGACGCCUUCCUGCAGGAGGCCAACCUGAUGAAGACGCUGCAGCACGACAAGCUGGUGAGGCUGCACGCGGUGGUCACCAGGGAGGAGCCCAUCUACAUCAUCACCGAGUUCAUGGAGAAAGGGAGCCUGCUGGAUUUCCUCAAGAGCAACGAGGGGAACAAGCAGCCGCUCCCGAAGCUGAUCGACUUCUCUGCGCAGAUUGCAGAAGGGAUGGCUUACAUCGAGAAGAGGAACUACAUCCACCGAGACCUGAGAGCUGCCAACGUGCUGGUGUCAGCAGCGCUCGUGUGCAAGAUCGCGGACUUCGGGCUGGCCAGAGUCAUUGAAGACGAUGAGUACACGGCCCGGGAAGGUGCCAAGUUUCCCAUCAAAUGGACUGCACCAGAAGCCGUCAACUAUGGAACUUUCACUAUAAAAUCGGAUGUUUGGUCCUUUGGGAUCCUCCUGACCGAGAUCAUCACCUACGGGCGCAUGCCCUACCCAGGGAUGACGAGCGUGGAGGUGAUCAGGGCCCUGGAGCACGGGUACCGGAUGCCCCGCACCGAGAACUGCCCCGAGGAGCUCUAUGACGUUAUGAUGAGGUGCUGGAAAACCCACCCCGAGGAUCGUCCCACCUUCGAGUACGUGCAGAGCAUUCUGGAGGAUUUCUUUACUGCCACAGAGAGCCACUAUCAGCAGCAGCCGUGACGCGGGGAGCCUGGGGAAGGCAGCGGAUACCCUGCACCGCGCACACGGUGCUCCCUGCUCUUCCCAUCCCACCGUGAUGUGCCUGCUCACACCUUCCUCUGCCCGCCCGGCCCAGGAGCUGGAGCCUUGCUGCUGGGGCUGGGCUGGAAGCGGGGCAGGAGGAAGCCCGAUGAAGGGAGAUGUGACCCAGGCACGUACCUUGUGCCUUUCACACGUGCCUGAGCAUCCCCAGCGCAGCCGCUCUGGGAAGCACCGGCUGCACAGGGCUCCAGCCGGCAGCACCACACGGGGGGGGCCGGGGCUGGGCCUGUUCCAGCUGCAAAGAGAAAACCACAGAUUAUUAUUAUUGAUCCACACUGUUUUGCAGAAGUAGGUGUUUUCUCUGCACCGGCCCUGGUGCGAUGCUGCUGUGCUCCGGCUGCCCUCUGCUCGCUGCGUGCCAGGGCAAUCCCAGAGGCUUCCCCCCGGGCCGUGGUGCACUGCAGCCCCCCAGCUCCUCCUCCGUCCAUGCUCCCGGCGGUCGGAUGUCAAGUGCUGCAGGAGCCCGCGUCCCUCCCGCAGGGUUUCUCAUGCAGGGGGCAGCAGGAGGGCGGCUGCGCUGGUACAGAUGAGCCCAGGCGCAGCUUUGCUCUGCUCCCAGCUGUGAUUUAACAUCUGUCCGGGACUCGCAGCCUCAGCGCCGGGCCGGGCGCUCUUUGCACUCACUCUAUGGUGUUAGUUUUAGUAUUUAAUAACGGGUUAUUUACGGAAGGGGCAGAAGGAGCACUUUGUUUCUAUAGCAUUGCCCUGCGCGUCUUCCAGCAGGGCCCCUCCGGGACUGGGAUUACACCCUCCUCCUCCAGUGAGGCCAAGUCCGGUGCUUCUGAGCUUUAGUGUCCCCUUUGGGAGCUGCUUUUUCUAAUCAGUAAAGUAUCGAUCAAUGAACCUC